GUUUACAUAAAUAUUAUGUUAAUUCUUGUCAACAAUUAUCCGUUUUGCAAUUGCAAUAUUUAGCCAUGAUACGAUCAUGCAUAUGAUAUUCUACUGCACCCGUAGAGUUGUACGUGACAGGGGCUGUGACAGACAGUAUAAAAUAAAUAUGGCGUUAGUGUGGAAUGCGUCUAAAAAACAUAGUGAUCGUGAAAGGUGGGUGUGCAUCUAUCCAGUCUAUUUGAAUAAUAAGAAGACCUUAGCAGAAGGACGCAAGCUGGCAAAGAAUAAGUGCGUUGAGAAUCCAACACAUCAGGAAAUCCGUGAUGUCUUGCUAGCUGCGGGACUCAAAGUGGGAGUAGAAAAUAAACUGCAUCCAAAAGAGAGGAGCAAGGAAUUAUUAUACAGAGGGAGGAUUCGUGUACAAUUGAAGAAUGACGAUGGCACUCCAUUCCAUAAUGAUUUUCCAACGAGAGAUUCGUUAUUGGAACACUUAGGGACUACCAUUCCAAAGCUGAAAACGCGUCAGGGCAAGCAGAGUAGCAGCGAACAAUCAACGCAGCUCUCAGCAUCAUCAUCCAAGAAAGGAAAAGGCAAAGGUCGAAGAUGAAGUACAUUUAAAACAUCUUGAAAUACUAAUAUUUUGCUUGCAACUUACAUGAGUUUAAUUUUUUAUCUCUAUUGCGAUAAAAGAUUAAUUUAUAAUGUAAACAAUUAAAUAUAUCUAUUAAAAUAUAA